AUGACUGAUCUCUGUCCUGUUUAUGCGCCCUUUUUCGGUGCCAUGGGUUGCACAGCCGCCAUUGUCUUCACCUGCUUUGGUGCCAGUUACGGAACCGCGAAGGCUGGUGUUGGUAUCGUUGCUGCUGGUGUUUUGAGACCCGACUUGAUCGUCAGGAACAUCAUUCCCGUUGUCAUGGCCGGUAUCAUUGGUAUUUACGGGCUCGUCGUUUCUGUAUUGGUAUCAUCUGGCCUGCAACAAAGAGUUUCACUCUACACCAGCUUUAUCCAACUCGGUGCUGGUCUUUCCGUCGGUCUUGCUGGUUUGGCUGCUGGUUUCGCAAUCGGUAUUGUCGGUGACGCUGGUGUCCGCGGUACAGCUCAGCAGCCAAGACUCUUCGUCGGAAUGAUCUUGAUUUUGAUUUUCGCCGAAGUUUUGGGAUUGUACGGAUUGAUCGUGGCGCUACUGAUGAACGCCAAGGCCUCGACCGACGUCUCAUGUUAA